GAAACGGUUGGACACGGGAGCAUACAGUAAGGGAGCAGAGGGCGGCAGAGACGACAUCACACAGUCAUGGCUCACUCGGGAUGCUUCCUCCUGCUCUUAGGUCUGGGCAGUCUCUCCUCCUCUGUGCCACGUCAGUUCCAUGUGGUGAAGGAGCAGAAGACCUGGACAGAAGCUCAGGAGUACUGCAGAGAGGAGUUCACUGACCUCGCCACCAUAGACAACAUGACAGAGAUGGAGAAGGUGAAGAGCACGAUCCAUGAAGCAGGUGCUGGAAAUGCUUGGAUUGGACUGAAGAAGGGAAGCAUUGCCUCCAAGUGGCAGUGGUCUCUGGCUGACAGGGAUUUCUACAGAGAGAAUGAAACAGAGUUCAGGAACUGGGAGGAUGAACAACCAGAUAACGGUGUGCAAGACAACUGUGUCUUCAUGGGAGAAAAUGGGAAAUGGCAUGACUCCCGUUGUGAUCAUUUAAAUCACUUCAUCUGCUAUGAUGACAGAGACUCCACACAGCCCUAUGUGCUGGUUACUGAGGAGAAGAAGAACUGGGCAGAUGCUCAGAGAUACUGCAGAGAGAAUCACAUAGAUCUGGCCAGUGUGAAGAAUCAGGCAGAGAAUGACACGAUAAACAAAGUUAAAGGAGAGACAGGAGCAAAAGUCUGGAUCGGCCUGUUCAGAGAUGCCUGGGAGUGGUCAGAUGGCAGCAGCUCCUCAUUCCGCUACUGGAACACUGGAGAACCCAAUAAUGGCGAUGGGAAGGAGUCCUGUGUUAAAACUCUUAAUGCUUCCGGUGCUCAGUGGAACGAUGCACGCUGUGACGAUCGUAGUCACUUCAUCUGCUAUGAAGACAAGCUGGUUCUGGUCCGUGAGAAUAAGACCUGGAGAGAGGCGCUGCAGCACUGCCGAGAGCACCAUGUGGACCUGGUGUCUGUGACGUCUGAGCGGGUCCAGCGCUGGGUGAGUGAGCGGGCUAAAGGAGCCUCCACUCCUCACGUGUGGGUGGGUCUGCUCCACUCCUACGGUGUGGGCUGGUACUGGGUCUGUGGACAGACCGUCUGCUACAGCAACUGGACCCAAGGGCACGAGCAAGUGAUGUCCAUCCAACAAAGAGUCGGGGCAGUGGAGUCUAGAGGGGGACAAUGGGUCAGCAACCUGACUAAGACUGACCAACUCAACUUCAUCUGCACCACUGAGGAUGGUUGUGACUGA